AUGAGAGGAGAAUGGAAUGGUUUACAAGCACUAUUUAUGAAAGAUUGUCCUUAUGCUUACUAUGUCCACUGUUUCGCUCAUCGGUUGCAACUUGCCUUAGUUACUGCAUCAAGAGAAGUUGCAUCAAUUCAUAAAUUCUUUGAGAAGCUGAUUUUUGUUGUCAAUGUUGUUGGUUCUUCUACUAAGCGCCAUGAUGAGUUACAAGCUGCCCAAUCAAAAGAAAUCAAAAAUUUGUUAGAGACUGGGGAGAUUGUAACUGGUAAAGGUAAAAACCAAAUUGGUAUUGUGAAAAGAGCUGGAGAUACUCGUUGGGGAUCACAUUUCAACUCUAUUUGUAGCUUGAUAAGUAUGUAUGAAGCAGCUUGUACAGUUUUGAAAAUCAUUGCAAAAGAUGCAAAAAAAAUUGCCCAACGUGCAGAUGCUGAUAGUUCUUACAAUCACCUAAAGUCUUUUGAUUUUAUAUUUAUCUUGCAUUUGAUGAAAGAAAUUAUGGGGACAACAAAUUUGCUUUGUCAAGCCUUGCAAAAACAAUCUCAGGAUGUUGUUAACGAUGUGCUUUUGGUUCGUUCAACAAAAGCUCUUAUUCAAGAUUUGAGAGAAAAUGGUUGGGAUAAGUUGUUUGCCAAUGUGGUGUCUUUUUGUGAAAAGCAUGAUAUUGAGGUUCCUGACCUCAAUGACUGUCAUUCCAAACAAUUACAAGAGAAUUUGAAUAGCAGAGUUGAAACAUACAAUGACUGUCAUUCCAAACAAACAAAGUUGAAUAGCAGAUUUAGUAAGCAAGCAAUGAAUUUGUUGACUCUAAGUUGUGCAUUGUCUCCGGAGAAUGGAUAUAAAGCUUUUGACAUUAAUACUAUAUGUACUCUUGUUGAAAAAUAUUAUCCCAUGGAUUUUAGUGAUCAGGAGAAGAUUAAUUUGCCAUUUCAUCUAAAACAUUUCCUUUUUGAGGCUCGUGAAUCAUCAACUUUGAAAAAUUUAUCAACUAUUCAAGAAUUAUGUUCAUGUUUGGCUGCUGCCAUUCCUGCCAAUGGACAACCCAAAAAACACUUGUUGCUUGAUAGGUUGUUGCGUCUUGUUAUGACUCUUCCGGUUUCUACAGCCACAACUGAAAGAUCUUUUUCAGCAAUGAAAAUUAUCAAAUCUAAGUUGAGAAAAGAGAUGGGACAUGGGUUUUUAGCAAAUAGCAUGUCAGUUUACAUCGAAAAGGAUAUUAGUGAAUGUAUUAGUUCUGAAUCAAUUAUUGAUGAUUUCAAGUCACUCAGAAAGCGUAAAGUGCGUCUUUAG